AUGGAUGAUAUACUUCUGGACGCCCUCGACGAUAUCCAGCACAUUCUGGAGGAAGCCGGGCCAGAUACAAAGAACUUUUUGGAACCAAUUCUACCCUACACGCCCAUUUUGUUUGCUAGUCACGACAUGUCCGUCGAGAACCACGAAAACAUUGCCCUUUCGCCCCGAGUGAUGAACAUUUGUCGAGAGUUUCAAAACUACGUCGAGGGUCACGAGUAUGAGAAGGCUGGCAUUCUAGAGCUCAAGCUGCGGCUUUGGACACUUCAUUUGUCUGUGUUGGACUAUGCUCCUCCAUUGGAACUUCCUCUGGUUCGAGAGGGCGACGAUGAGGUCCAGUUCACUCGCAUGCUCAAUGAAAUGUUGCAGAUUUGA